AUGGUCAGACCAUCUUCAGCCAGCUCGGCGGCUUCGGCGCGCAACGGCGCUUCAAAGAGGAAGCGCAAUUUGCCCCUUGCCUCAACCACGACUUCAACAUCCAAGACAACAGCACCUAUCGCCAGCAAGGGCAAGGCCAAGGCGCUUCAGCUCGAGCUUGGCGCAUCAGACGAUGAAGAAUCAGGCGAGCUUGACUUGGAAUCCGAUCAAGGUGAUGUCGAUGCCUCGGACGACGAUGAACAUGACGAGUUUCCAGAAAUCGAUCUCGAAGCGAGCGAGGACGAAGCUGCGGAGGACGAGGACGAAGAAGAGGAUGACGAAGAGGAGGAAUCAACACAGCUGAGAGAUAGACAAGCGGAAGAGGGCGACUCUUCCGAGGAAGGCUACAACUCGUCCGACAUCGACAACUCCGACUUUGACAAUGACGCCGACGAGGGUGACUUCGCGUACGACUCAGCAGACGAAGACGAGCGUGCUUCCGCCUUUGCCGCUCGCAGCGACGCUUCCCAGACCAGCAUCGAUGAGGAGCUCUCACGCAUGAUGUCGCGCUAUGCGUCCAAGCCAGACGAGCAAUCCGGCUCCCUCUCCGCAACAAACAAGCUCGGCAUCCCUCGGUCCCAAGCAGCGCAAGCCUUCGAUCUGCGCGUACGCAACCCCGACGGCUCGGCCAAAGGUGUGUUCAAGCGAAGCGAGAUCACAGGCGAGAUGAAGCGAGUCUACCCUGAAAUCGAAGCCGGCUACGACUCGGAUAGCAGCACCGAGGAUGCCGAAAACAAGAUCGGCAACGUACCACUCGAAUGGUACGACGACCUCCCACACAUUGGCUACGACAUCAACGGCCGCAAAGUCAUGAAGCCAGCAACCAAAGACGAACUCGAGAAGUUCCUCGAUACCGUCGACGGCGACGGAGAGGCUUGGUUCUCGGCCCGCGACAACUCCACAGGCCAGGAUGUGCGAUUGAGCGACGAGGAGCUCGCCAUCAUUCGCAAACUUCAGAACGCCGAGAUCCCAGAUGACGCCUAUGACCCAUACGAGGAUUAUGUCGAUUGGUUCACAGGCGAGGACAAGGUCAUGCAGACGGCACUCACUGGUCGACCCGAACCCAAGUCACGCUUCGUGCCGAGUAAGUGGGAGCACAAGAAGGUCAUGAAGAUCGUCCGUGCCAUUCGCGACGGCCGAAUCGUGCCCGGUGCAGCUGCCAAGAAGGACACCAAGCCUAAAUUCUACAACAUUUGGGCUGACGCCGACGAGAACGACACACGCAGCCCAUGGGCCGUCAUGGCUGCGCCCAAGCUCACGCUUCCCGGCCACGCCGAAUCCUACAACCCGCCUGCAGAGUAUCUCUUCAACGACCAAGAGCAAAAGGACUGGCAGGAAGCCGAGCCCGAAGAUCGCAAACAAAACUACCUGCCGUCCAAGCACGAUUCGUUGCGCCACGUCGGUGCAUACCAAAACUUUGUGCAGGAGCGAUUUGAACGAUGUUUGGAUCUCUACCUAGCGCCGAGGAUGAUGCGCAAGAAGCUGGACAUCCACAACCCGGAGAACCUGUUGCCCAAGCUGCCUUCGCCUAGGGAGCUCAGACCGUUCCCUACCACCACCAGCGUCGUGUAUGCUCACCCAGAUGGCGGAAGGGUGCGUUGUUUGUCGGUAGACCCGACGGGCAACUGGCUCUUGACCGGUGGCGACGAUGGAAGGGCGAGACUGUGGGAUGUAGCCAUCGGAAGAUGUACCGCAUCGUGGGAUGUGUGCGAGGGAAUGCCAAAGGCAGAACGUUCCGCCGUCCACUCGAUCGCCUGGUGCCCCACCAAGAACUACUCUCUCUUUGCCGCUGCUGUCCACGGCCGUGUCGCUAUUAUCGCACCACCUCAGACGCAGAACUAUGCCAAGACCUCGGCCAACGCCAUCUCUUCCAAGUCUGCCUCCUCUGCGAGCGGCUCUACGGCCACCUCGACCGCGUCGUUCCUCUACGCCACCUCUGCCGCUGCGACGUCGAUGCCCAGCAAACCGGAUGCUCGCUCGCCGGUCGCCUGGACGCGCCCCUCGGAACCCGAACGUCGCUCUGGUGUCGCUAUGCAUCUCAACAUCACCUCCUCCUCGGCGAACAACCUCAAGACCGUCGUGUGGCACAGCAAGGGCGACUACUUUGCCACCGUAUGCCCCGACUCGGCCGCCGGCUCGGCAGGUUUGCUCAUCCACCAGCUCUCCAAACACCGAUCGCAGUCGCCCUUCCGCAAAGCGUCGAAGGGAUCGUCUGUGCAGAAGCUCGUCUUCCACCCGACCAAGCCGUGGGUGUUUGUCGCUACGCAACGCUACAUCCGCGUGUACGACCUCAUGGCGCAGUCGCUCGUCAAGACGCUCCAGUCCGGCUUCAAGUGGAUCUCCACGCUCGACGUGCACCCCUCGGGCGACCAUCUGAUGGUGGGAAGUUACGACAAGAAGCUCGCCUGGUUCGACCUGGAUCUCUCCUCGCGCCCGUACAAGGUGUUGAAGUACCACGCCAAGGCCGUGCGUGCGGUGCACUUCAGCACCAGCUGGAACCUCGUCGCUGAUGCGAGCGAUGAUGGAACGCUGCAGCUGUUCUACGCCAAGGUCGGCGCGGAUUACGGCGAGAACCUGGUAUUGGUGCCGUUGAAGGUGUUGAGGGGCCACGAGGUGAGGAAUGGUUUGGGCGUGUUGGAUGUCAAGUGGCAUCCCAGUCAGCCGUGGUUGUUCUCGGCGGGCGCGGAUGGAAAUGCUGUUCUGUGGACGACGUAG